GGCAGCAGGAGUAUAGGGUUCGUGGUGCCGUGGAGGAGCAUGCAGGCGCAGAAGAGGGAGCUGCGGGAGAAGGAGAAGGAGUUGGCGGAGGCGUUGGUCGUGUUGGCGGGGGAGGUCGCGUUUACUGACCUCUCCGAGUCCCUGCAAACUUCGCUAUCAACGAACCCACUCAUACAGAUCCGACAUCUAUGCGCCGGCCUCUCGCGCCAGCUCUCGAAGAUCGAACUCCAGAUGGCGGACAAUGCGCCGUACUGCCGGGGCAAGAACCUCUACACGGGCGGGGAGAUCGCGCGCAAGUUCCUGCCUCCGAUACAGCUUCUCUUCAACCAGCGACCCGUCCCGCAGCGCAUGAUAUUCGAGCUUCUCAUGGAGGUCAAGGACUCGGUGUACGCAGGGAUGGCAGACUGCGCGCCCGAGGUCCUGGAGUGGGAACUAAACAACUUCACGACCUUCGAAGAGCUCGACGAACUCAUCGUCCGCGCGCUGCUCCCCCCGCCGCCAUCGCAACGAAAACAACGACGGGACGUCUCGCCCUCGCCCUCCACCCUCCUCGAAGACUCCCACCCGGGCAAGGAAACCAAGCACCAGGGCGACGAGGACAUCACACCCAACACAUCCCGCCCCCGGCGCCGCCUCCUCCUCACGCCCCUCACACCCACCCUCUCCCCUGCCCCUCAAACCUCCUGGCUCCUCUCCGACCCCGACGAAGCCCUCUACGCCCUCGAAUCCCUCGAAGCCACCUCCGCCGCCAUGCUCGCCCUCCCCGUCCCAACAUCAGACUUCCUCGCCAAGUCCAUCCUGACCCUGCGCCGGCUCCUCCCGCGCCGCACGCUCGCCGACGCGGCGGCGAGGAGGAAGAAGAGGAAGGGCAGGUGUGGCGAGUACGCGCGGUGCAUGAAGUGGGCGGGUGCGCAGUGGAGGGCGGAGGGGGGUUGUGGGAGGGGUUGUAGGGACGAGGAUGAGGUUGGGGAGGAGGGGCUGCCGAGUUGGCAUCGGGGGAGUAGGCACUUUGAGAAGGUGGGGGAGUUUGUUUUGACGGGUGGGUGAUUUGAGGGAUGUGUUGUCUUCGUCUUUUUUUCUCCUGGUUUGUUGGUUUUACUGACUGUGAUAAUGGCAUGUAGUAUGAUGGGCCUCCUUUUUUCUUUUGUUUAGAUACCCUGGGUUCGGCUUCCCUUUUUAUCUCUUCUGAUUCAUUUUAUCUUUCUAUCUUUAUCUUAUCUUUUCUUCUGUAGUAGUGCUGUAUGACGAGGAGGAGGAGAGAAAGGAGCAAAAGAGCGAGAAAUCUUAUGCCCUACCUCAUCUGUCCAGAGUUCUUCAAUUGAAAUGCGAACAUAUACAUUCCCUCUCCGUUGCCUUUCCACCCCCAUUGAAUCAGUUGAUGCUUCACCUCAGUGGAUGGGAGAUACGGGGUUGGGAUGUACAGGUGGGUAUAGAUAUGACGUCUAUCUU